CUUUGACAAUAAUUUCCAUACAGUCAUGGAUAACAAUGAGAGAACAAAAGAUAAUGAGAAGGCGAAAAUGGACUUGAAAGAAUAUUGUCGUCGAAGUGAUUUACACUUGCAACAGAAUGCUGAUGGGAGAUGGAUUAAACCAAAAGCAAAGUUUACCUUAAAUGACGACCAAAAGAAAGAUGUAUGCGAGUGGGUUCAUGAGCUAAAAAUGCCUGAUGGAUAUGCUUCUAAUUUUGGUAAAUGUGUUGAUAAGAAACAUUUAAAGUUAUUUGGAAUGAAAAGUCACGACUGCCACAUUUUUAUGCAAUGUCUUAUUCCAGUAGCUUUUAGUGCACUUCCAAAACCAAUUUGGAAGCCACUAACCGAACUCAGUCUAUUCUUUAAAGACUUGUGCUCAAUAGUAUUGAAGGAGGAUCAUUUAAGGCAAAUGGAAAAAAACAUUCCAUUAAUCUUGUGUAAAUUGCAACGUAUAUUUCCACCCGGUCUUUUUGAUUCAAUGGAGCACUUAAUGAUUCAUUUGCCUUAUGAAACAAGGGUUUGUGGUCCUAUUCAAUACCGAUGGAUGUAUCCAUUUGAAAGGUUCCUAAACAAAAUAAAGAAGACUAUCAAAAACAAAUCUAGAGUUGAAGGAUCUAUUUGCCAAGCGUAUUUGGCUCAAGAAAUCUCAUACUUUGCUUUCCAUGAUUUUGAAUCGCAUGUCCUAUCUAGCAAUAAUAGAGUUGAUCGCAAUGAUGAUUUAAUCAAAAAAAAUGCUACUCAACCAACUCUAUCAGUAUUUAAUCUUUCUGGACGAAGUUAUGGCAAGAAAAAAGGCAAUAUUCGGUGGCUAGAUGAUAAAGAAGUUGUUGCAGCACAGUUGCAUGUUCUUAUUAAUUGCGAUGAGGUUAAGCCUUUUCUCAAUUUGUAUGAAAAAGCCUGGAGAGAUACUUACAAUGAUCUUACUUAUGAUAUCAUUGAUAAACAAAUUGAAGCUGACUUUCCACGAUGGUUCAAGGAAUAUGUGAAUAGUAAUCCACAAGAGAUCUCACAAGAUUCUUAUUUGCAAAUUUUAGUAAUGGGACCAUUAAGACAGGCACGGUCUUGGUCUGUUUAUUUCGCGAAUGGAUACAAAUUUCACACUGCUUCUUGCGGUGAAGGAAAAAGUACAUAUAACAGUGGGGUGUGUGUCAGUGGUACUGGACAAGAUGGUACCAUAAGUGAAUUCUAUGGUGUUCUUAAGGAAAUUAUCUAA